UGAGUAUUUGUAACUGACACAUGCUGCCUCACAGGGCGCGCCCUACUAUGAAAUACUGUGAAAUAGAGACAUAUUCAUGCUUGAACAGCCCUGCUCGCAGAAGCCACCUUUUGGUGCAGUAGGAAAAUAUCAUAAAGAUUAUCUACAAAUAAAGAAUUGAGAAAAAUAAAUAGUGAUUUUAUACUGUAAAAUUCAGUAGAUAAUUGGUAUUUUAUUUAAAAAGAAACCAGGUUCCGGAACGCUUUAGACAGAAAACCUAUCGGACGUAUUUCUGUGAUGCGCACCUCAAUCCUAUGUGGACACUGAAUUAGACAGGGAGAUGGCACUGCGGGCUUGUGGUUUUAUAAUCUUUAGACGCCUCACUGGCUGUGUUCCUCCACCAGACAACAUUGAGUACCUGCUACUGCAGACCUCAUAUGGAGAACACCACUGGACACCACCCAAAGGUCAUGUAGACCCAGGUGAAGAUGACCUCACCACAGCCCUGAGAGAGACAGAAGAGGAGGCAGGGCUGAAGGCAGAGCACUUGGGGAUAAUUGACAACUUUGUAUGGAAUUUGAACUACGAGGUACGAGGCAAACCCAAGCAGGUAUUGUACUGGCUGGCCGAACUCAAAGACCCAGGUACUUCGGUGACUCUGUCCGAUGAGCACCAGGACUAUCGCUGGGCCGGGCUGGAGGAAGCCUGCAGUCUGGCCCAGUACCAGAGCCUGCAGGACACACUGAGAGCUGCCCACGGACACUUACAGAUUCAAAAGGACAAAAAGUGAGCAGAUGGAAAGAGUCAUCCUGGUCGUCGUAGUGUCUGCCAGGCGUGCCAUCAUACUCCAUCGCGCUAAUCCCUCCUGCCUCGCCCACUGAUUCCAGCUCACUAUCGUCGUCCUCGUCCUCGUCCUCGUCCUCCUCCAUGUCAUAUAGGUCAUCGUAGAGGAGGUCUGAACUGCUGCCUUGGGAUGGAACUCUGGUCUGAAUGCAGUACUCUGCUAAUGUGGUCGGCACUUUGACGCCAUCUUGCUCUGCCUCAGCUGCUGUUGACAACACCUGCUUCCUGGGUAAAAAUGUAUCAACUCAAUGUCAGUGUUUAAGAUCUAAUGUGUAUACAAUUAGACAACAUUAUAUUGAAUACAAUGACAGUGGUUUUGUUUGUAAAAGGUUGGUGGUCAUGUAAAAUAUCAAUGGAAUAAACUUGAGACUCCUAGGACAAACUUUAUAUAAUAAAACAAUGUACUAUAGUGUUUGAAUUAUUCAGUUAAAUUAUCUUACAACAAAGUUUGCCUCUGACAAGUUUGUUGUACUGUUGGCUGCCUGGGCAUCAUAGUUUCAUAAAUCCAAUAAAACUUAAUGGGAGUA